AAAAACUUUAAUAUGGGUAAUGUUAUAAGCAAGAAAUACACACGCCUUCGGGCCACAAAAGUUAAGGACACAACUCUUAUGUUGUCUCCCCAAGUAUCUUCCGCAGCACUUGAUGCAAAAAUUGAGUCUGUUACGAAUGAAAGCUUUGGAACGGCCUCCAACUUAAUAAAGUAUAUCGAACCAGUAGUCAGUUCCAUUGAUUCAGAAUCUGGAGACGGUUGGAUCACCAAACGUCAUCAAUCUGAUGCCAGCGUUACCAUCAAACUCUGCGGCAUCGCUCAUAUCCUCGGUCUUGAUAUUGAUACAACAGGAUUUAAUGAGAUGUGCCCUACACAUGCUCUCGUAGAAGGUUACCAAGUGACUGAUAAAGACACUAAUGGCAUGUGGACCACUUUGAUUGAUUAUGAACAACUUACUGAAGAUGGUCAUAAUAUCUUCCAAAUCCACGAUGAGGAGAACUACUCUCACGUCAGAUUGACUGUCUGUCCUGGAGGUGGCAUUGCUCGCUUCCGUGUUUAUGGUGAAAUCAGUCCUGAUUGGCCAGACCUUUCACAACAAUAUAAUUUAUCUUCAGCAAAUGACGGUGCCCGAAUCGUUCAUUGGUCUGAUUUAGAAAGCCGAAACAAGCCUAAUGUCCUUUUGGAUAAUGGCGCUUUAACAACACAAGGCUGGUUAACACCACGCUCUAAAAGAACACCACGCAAUGACUUCAUUGUGAUUAAAUUAUCCUCUCCUGGCAAUCUUAAUUCCAUCCAAGUGGAUACCACAGGAUUUAAAGGAAAUUCCCCAUUGAUGAUUCAAGCCGAUGGUUGUAACUCCAAGGAAACCAAUCCCUGUAAUAGUAAAAAUACAAGAUGGUCCUUAUUAAUUCCUGAAUCACCAAUCACCGAUAACUGUGUGAACUCAUUCCAAGUAUCUGAGGUCACAACAGUCACACAUGUCCGAUUGACAGUAAUCCCUGAUGGUGGCAUCCAACAAAUCAAAUGUAUCGGAUUUCCUCAACAAAAUUACAGUAAGAAGGAAACACCUCGUAAAGUUAAUACCAGUGUCCAUGACACCCACUAUUCCCAACCCACCGCCAGCCAAUCAGGCAUUCCUCACGAAAUGCCUCUAACGUCACCUACUGCGGAGGAGUUUAUAUCUAUCACAGAUCCAGAUCUUUACGAGGAAUCGAUCAUUGAAGAAUUGAAUGGUAGCACCACCCAAUUACUGAUUCCCGCCAAUGCAAGCAAUACCCAUGACCAUAUCACUGCCGAACACAAGGAGGAACUCGAGGUGAACGAGGCACCUCUUGUUGAGCAAUUGAAUAUGACACAAAUGCAUUUUACACCACCUACUGCGGAGAAUCUCAUUCCAAUCACAGAUCCAGAUCUCUAUGAGAAAACGAUCAUUGAGGAAUUAAAUGGUAGCACUACCCAAUUAUUAAUUCCCGCCAAUGCAAGCACCGACCAUGACCAUAUCACUGUUGAAGACAAGAGGGAACUCGAGGCAAGCGAGAAACCUCUUGUUGAACAAUUAAACAUGGCACAACUCCCCAUCGCACCAGUCAGUGUUCAAUCAUCCCAAAACACUGUACACCCUCACAGCACUGGCAAUUCUUACAACACUGAAGGUUUCCAAACCAUUGUAAGUGAACAAACAAUCAUCGAGGAGACCACAACCAUUAUCGAAGAAAUAGUAGAGCCUGAAGCCAUGGACAUUGAACCAGAAAUACACGCUUUAAAGCGAAAGUCUUCUACCACCCGUUCCGAGCCCUCUGCCACCAAGAAAAGAGCAGUCUCAUCAAGAGCUGUUUCACCAAGAGCCGCCUCUCUCAGGUCAGCAAGCAGAGGUACCACACCAAGGGCCACAACUCCCACUGCCACAACGCCAAGAGCCACAACGCCUGACUCUCCUAAGACUAAAUCUAAACGAGAUAAUUUAGGAUUGGUCACACCACCACCAGGUCCUGAAUUGUCUCGUGCAAGAUCUGCUGUCUGGAAUGAGGCAGAUGCCUUACCACCCGCAAGGAAGACCCGUCGUUCAAGAAAGAAAUAGACGUGGUAUAAAAAAAUUUACAAGACAAAAAAAAAAAAAAUAGUAAAAUAGCAUCAUAGCAAAAAUAGCAAUAAAAAGUAAUACAGUAACUCCGCC